AUGUCUCUUCCCAAGCUUGAAUUUGCCAAGACUGGCCGAUCCACCUGCCGAGAGUGCGGCGAGGGCAUCGCACAGGGCGUCAUGAGGGUGGGCAUCGAAGCCUUUGUCGCAGGACGUGUAUGCGAUUGCUGGAGUCACGUCAAAUGCAGCCUGGGCGCCAUGUUCCUGGAGAAGUGCACGGCAGCCAGGGGCAAGUGCAAGGCGACGGACGAGCCAUUCAAAAAGGGCGACGUCAGGCUCGCAGUUUGCAGCAAGGCGCACAAGGCUUACUACUCCAUGGCGGGUAUGGGCGACGCCGUGCGACCCAUCGUGGAGGCUUCCGAGGGCGAAUACACAGCCUCAGACAUCACCGGUUUCCUGGCCCUCUCCAAGGAUGAGCGCGCGGCCGUCUGUGCCGCUGUAGACGUCAAGGCCACGGCCAGCGCCAAAAAGCGCUCUCGCCGCGGCAGCGACGUCACCGUCGCCGAGGUCACCGUGGCGGCCGUGAAGGACGAGAAGAAGGCUGCGGCGGACACUCCCGCGUCUGCGAACAGAAGGCCCGGCAGGAGGUCCUCCGCCGUGUCCGCUCCCCCCGCGCCGGCGACGCCCGCCGAGGACGAGGAGGGCGAGGAGGCUGGCGACUCCGACGGUCUCACCGAAUUCGAGCGCCAGCGCGAGGAACUCAUCGCGCGGAACAAGGCGAGGAUGGCAGCUCUGAACAUUGGCACACUCGCGUCCGAAGUCGCGACCGCGUCGGCUAAGCCCGCGAACGGACCCUCCCAGCGUGGCAUCGGAUCCAAGCGCAAGAAGGAGCCCAAGGAGGAUGCCGGGCCGCCGCGCCGAUCCCUCCGCGGCCAGAAGAUCGCCCCCGACGCAACGCUCGCGGGUGGAGUCGACUACGAGCGCAGGGAUGGGACGGUGAUCCUCGCCAACGGCAUGUACAGCGGUUCGGGCACUCGCUCAGACUCGCCUCCGCCGCCUUCCAGGCCCACGGGUGACGUCAAGCUCAAUAGCGUCAACGGAGAGGAGAGUGCGGAUGAGGCGUUCAUCUCGUUCCUGCGCGACACCCUGUCCGGCGUCACCGCCGCCUCGUCUGACUUUGGCGAUGGCGUGACGAUCAAGCACGACCGUGGUUCGUUCACCUCCGCGAAGUCCCUCGUCGGCGCGAAGAUCAAGCUGACGGACGAGGCUGUCGCCAAGGUUGUGCCCCGCGGCGUGACCCACCUCGAUCUCGCGCCUUACGACCCUGACGGCCCCCUCGUGGCCGCCGCGGGUGAUAAGGACGGCAACGUGGGUCUCUGGAGGGUCGACUACGAAGCCCCUGGCGGUGCCGACGACGAGGGCGAUGGGAGCGACGACGGCGUGCUCUUCUACAAGCCCCACGGCUCGUACAUCUGCCACCUCAAGUGGGGCCGCGGCGGUCUCGCGGGUCGUCUGCUCACGUGUGCGUACGACGGCGCCGUUAGGACCCUGGACGCCGAGAAGGGCGUUUUCACGGAGUUGUUCGUUUCCGAGGACGAGGACGAGUUCAGCGCGUGCGAUGUGACGGCGGACGGUAGGACCAUUCACCUCUCAGAUAACGUUGGAAACUACCACGUUGUCGACGCCAGGUCCGGGAAGUUAACGUCACCGGCGGUGCAGCUCCACGAGAAGAAGAUCAACACCGUGCACCUCGAACCCGGCGCUGAGCGCGUGGUGGCCACCUCGUGUGGCGAUCAGACCGUGUGCGUUUGGGACGUUCGCAAGUGCGGCAAGGGCGCCAAGCCGCUGAGUCGGCUUCAGCACUCCAAGUCGUGCCAGGCGGCGUACUUCGCGCCAAACGGAUCGGGUGAGCUGCUGACCACCUGCUACGACGAUCUCAUCCGCGUGUGGCGCCCCAAGUCCGGUGCUGACGCCGGUUCGGUGAACGACGACCCCAAAUCGUGCCUCAAGAUCAAGCACAACAACCAGACUGGCAGGUGGGUCCUUCCCUUCCGCGCGGUGUGGACCCCGGCUGGCGAUGGCGUCGUCAUCGGAUCCAUGCGAAGGGAGAUUGAGGUGUUCGAGUCGUCGAGCGGGAAGCUCGCGGGCAAGUACUCCGAUGCCGAGCGCAUGACGGCCAUCGCAUCCAGAUACGCUGUGCACCCUUCGAAGGACAUCAUCGCGGCUGGUACGGCCAGCGGAAGGCUGCACAUUUACCGUAAAUAAACGAUUCUUUGAAUGUACAUUAGAUUUACAUUGCGCGUCU